AUGCAUUCAUCACUUGCACUAUACAGACUCACCACCGACGACAAUGCACUACGAAAAGCGCGGCUUAUGUCGCCGAAAGUGGCGGCACAAUGUCCCGAAAUCAGGCCCCUUCGUAAAGCAGUCCUGAAAUCGGGCCUCUCCUGGCCGGAAUAUGAGAGCUGCGGAAUUUCACCUGAUCGUUCCCAAAUCUUAACUGGAAAACAUCCUCUGCGCGCGGAUCGCCCGCAGACUGUUCGCAUGCUUAAACUUGAAGGUCCACUUCUCGCUUCAGGCCCUGACGGACGACGAAUGUUUCAAGGGUUAUUACGGAUGGUAGAUCUCGAAGACAGCCCUUCAUUUACCGCUCUUAGCUACAUCUGGGGCAGCCGCUCUGCUUCACAUGCCGAUGUGAUUAUUUGUAACGCUUACCCUGUUGAGAUUACUGCGAAUUGUUAUGAUGUGCUAUUUUCAAUUGGAUUCUACUCUUGGUAUACAUCCGACUAG